UUCUUUCCUCUUCUCCUCCCAUUCAAAAACCCACAAGAAAUAAAAACUCCAAAAUAGGGAAUUCAAUAUACUCCGUAUUAGGAGACGAAGACGAUAGACAAACCAGAAGCGGAUAAACCCUAAUCUGAUUUAACAUGGUUUAAUAUGCGCAUAAAAUUGGACGUAUGUAUAUAAAUUGUUUGGUUAUAAUUCUAAGGGGAAAAAGAAAAAGGAGUAAUUGUCAUGUCGAAGAUUGCGGAGACGCAGAAGAAGAAGACCACAUGGAGUACGUGGGAUGAGCUGUUGCUGGCGUUUUCCGUGAAGCGGCACGGGCUCAAGGACUGGGACUCCGUGGCUAUGGAGCUCCGCAACCGGAGCUCUUUGCCUGCCAUCCUCACCACCGCUCAAAUUUGCAGAGAGAAAUACCGCGACCUCAAACGUCGUUUCACCAAUAGCGAUACGAUUGUCGAGGAGGACGAAGGCGGCGGCGGAGACGUCGUUAUUCCCUGGCUCGAGGACUUGCGGCAGCUCCGCGUCGCGGAGCUCAAACAAGAGGUCCAUCACCGCGAUCUCUCGAUCCAGUCUUUGAAGUUGAAAGUGAAGCGGAUGGAGGAGGAGAGAGAGCAGAGCAUGAAGGAGAGGCAGGAAAUGGCCAUGAAGCCAGAUCUGGAGGACGGUAGAAAGGAGAAUUCGGCAAACGAUGUGACGGCGGACGGCGGAGGAGAGAAACCAGAUGGAAUCGUACGGGAGGUCGUCUCCGGCGGAAACUCCGACCGUGAAAACCGUUCGUUUAACGAGUCGAAUUCCGUGGAGAAGCGUGAACCGGAUCCGGUUCACGGAAUCGAUCCUAAACCGGAUCCGCAGGCAAAGCCGGCCAGGGAGAACUCGUGCAAAGAUAGUUCGAAUCGGCACGAGGCGUCCAAGACAAGUCAGGAAAGCAAAGGCAAUGACGUGGCAAACGACGCGAGGAAGGAAGGCAGUGACGUGGAAAGCUCCGCCGGCUUAAAGAUGAAGCGGCGGAAGCGAGGGGAAGCAGCCGGCGGAGAACAAGUGGCAGCGAUGAUGUCUCCCGCCAUCGCUGCUACAAAACGGGCGGGCGCAGUGAAAUCAGAACCGUUGGUUAGGCUUUUAGAUGUUAUCCGGUCUCACAAACAUGGCUCGGUGUUCAAGCGCCGGCUCCAGGUUCAGAAAACAGCUAAGUAUAAGAGCAUAAUCCGGCGGCACGUUGAUCUUGAAACGGUUCAAGCGCGGAUAGAUGACGGGUCCUACUCUUCCUGCUCCACCGAGUUGUACUUGGAUCUCUUGCUGCUCUUCAACAACGCCAUUGUCUUCUUCCCCAAGUCAUCUCCGGAGUGGGUAGCAGCCCAUCAACUCCGCAGCCUUGUCAUGAAGGAGCUCAAGAACAUCAACAACAAAACCCCAUUAUCAUCAUCAACCACGCCGCCUCCUCCCACCAAGGUCCAACCCGACCCCGAACACGAUAGCUCCGAUUCUUUGCUUCCGAAGCGCAGUUGUACAGCGGCCCCUAUUGUAGUAUGCCGCAGGAGGAGCUCCAUUUCAGCUAAAGCUGCAGCCUCUGGUGAUGAUGUGAUGAGUCCAAAGGAAGACGACAGCCUCGCGAAGCUAAAGAUAAUGAAAGAAAGGCCUGUGACGGGUGUGCGGAGCAUGAGGAGGACUAGCAAAGGCCGCCUGAGCCACUCACAGCCUACCAAACAACCCGACGGGGCGAUAAACAAAGACGAAGACGAAGAAGAAAAAGUUUCAAAGGCGGAGACGGAGAAGAAGAAAGAAGAAGUUAGUAACGUAGACAAGAAGCGAAGUGCCGCUGACUUCUUGAAGAGGAUUAAUAAGAGCUCCCCGAAAAAGGGGACGUCGUCGGUGGAUACGCAAAAGCAGUCUCCGCCUAACGUUAAAGAUGGCGACGGAAGGAGGCAGCCGAAGAGAAAUGCCACGAAAAUGAAAGACGGCCCAACCACGAGGCAAAACCGCGGUGGCAACGCCGCAAAAAUGUCCAAGGAGGAGGAGAGCUUUCCAGCAAAAAGGAGGGUAGGGCGACCUCGGAGAAAUGCAGCGUCCGACAAGCUUGUGAAGGAACAUGACAAGGAUGAUUAUUCCAAACGACCAAAGAAACGCUUUAGGAGCUAAAACUCGAUCAAGUGUAAGACACCUUAAUUUAGUGUAAAUUAUUAUAUAGUACCGUACUGUACUAGGCUUGUUUCACAGAACAAAUCAGAUUUGGGGAUUAAGUUUUUGGUAGAAAUUAUGUCACACUCAUUCUUGACGUGACGAGAUGAAAUUAAUGACAUCAACUUUUAAAACAUUGGUGCGCUAAUUUCGUUCCGCCACAUCAUGAGUGCACAAUGAAUACAAAUUGCUUUUUGUCUUA